AUGAAGUGGUUACUAGUAUUGCUGGUUGCCUACGCUUUUGCUGACGAAGAUUCUAAAGAGUCGAGUGAAAAAGAAACGAAAGAAAAGAACUACAAAAAAUACAUCGGAGAACAAAAUUAUAGACUUCCUUUCAAAACACGAGUAAGCGAAGCUUUUGUUGUUGGUCAGACGAUUCAUGCUGUGGGAAAUUUGACCGACAAACCGACGAGAGUCGACUUCAAUUUCCACAAAGGAGCUGCGAAGGAUGCUGAUCUUCCGCUCCACUUUUCCAUCCGAUUUGAUGAAGGAAUUUUCUCCGGGAAAUUCGUCUACAACACAUUCAAGGACGGUAACUGGUCUGAUAACGAGCAACGCAUUUCAAACCCAUUCAAAGCUGGACAGGAAUUCGACUUAAGAGUGAGAAUCUUGGACGGAAAAUUCCAGGUUUUUGCCAAUCGCGUUGAAGUUGGCGUUUUCGAACAGAGGCAACCUCUUGAUGGAAUUGAUCACGUCUCAAUCCGUGGUGACCUAACGAAGCUUCGCUUGUUCCAUUAUGGUGGACGUAUCUUCCCGAACCCAUAUAUGGCCGUUGCUGAGCUGAAGCCUGGAAAACGCCUCGAUAUCUCGGCUCUUCCAACCGGGAAACGAGUCAACGUCAACCUUUACAGGGAAAACAAGGAAUAUGCUCUUCAGGUAUCGAUCCGAUUCAACGAAGGAGCCAUCGUUCGCAACGCGAUGAACAACAAUGUAUGGGGUAAGGAGGAACGAGAAGGUGACAUGCCAAUCAGCAAAGGAGAAGUUUUCGACCUCACCAUCAUCAACGAGGAAUUCUCAUUCCAAAUUUUCUUCAACGGAAAGCGAUUUGCCACUUUUGCGCACCGUGGUUCCCCAACAGACAUCAAAACGUUGGAAAUCGACGGCGACGUCGAGAUCCACACUGUCACCAUCAAUGACGCUCCAGGAAUCUGA